AUGUCGCGACAUCCUUCAAUGUUGUUGGUAACAGAAUAUUUUAUCGACAAAGAAAGAUAUCUUUAUCUGAUUUUGUUGCACACGCACAUGGCUCUCAUAAUCGGAUGGUUCUCAAUGAUGGCGACAGGAGCACUACUUCUUGCUUAUUUUCAGCAUAUCUGCGGAAUGUUUCAAAUCGCCAGUUACCGUUUGGAGCAAGCAAUGAUGAUCAAUAGUCUGCAAACUAUUGGCGUACAGAAAAAAAACUACAUUUAUAAGAAAAUGAUUUGUGCCAUAGAUAUGCAUCGCAAAGCUUUGAAAUUAUCUGAUUCAUUGAUAUCUAACUUUAAUACAAUGUUUUUCUUGUUGAUAAUUGUCGGUGUGAGUUGCGCAAGUCUCACCUGUUUUCGGGUUUUUAAUGCUUUAACACACGGAUUCGAUAUUGAAAAAGUUCUAACACCUAUGGCAUUCAUAUGUUUUCAUUUCUUGUACAUGUCCGUAGGCAAUUAUGUUGCGCAAGAUGUGACGGAUCAUAAUCAUAACGUAUUUGUUACUGUGUAUUGCAUUCAGUGGUAUUUAGCUCCUUUGCAUGUGCAACAAUUGGUAUUGUUUCUGUUGCAAAAGGGUAGAAAGCCUUACCAAUUAAGUUGCGGAUUUGGAAUUGUUGUAGGAUCAUUGGAAACCGCUGCUACAUGGUAUUUAGCUCCUUUGCAUGUGCAACAAUUGGUAUUGUUUCUGUUGCAAAAGGGUAGAAAGCCUUACCAAUUAAGUUGCGGAUUUGGAAUUUUUGUGGGAUCAUUGGAAACCGCUGCUACAUUAUUCAGUACUUCCGUCUCAUAUUUUACUGUCCUGUAUUCUACGCAACAAUAA